AUGGUGCCCUGCGAGCAAGUCCGCCGCGCCCCGGCUGCUCAGGUCCUUCCUUGGUCCCUCUCCGACCACCAUGUGUCUGCGAUGCAGCCCUACAUAGCGCUCCCUGUCAGUGGCGUCGCCGGCCUUUCCGGCGAUCUGCCCCCUCACCUCCUUGGCGAGGUCGCACUCGCACUCCAGCUCUUCAUCCCCUGCGACGAAGACUCCUCCCCUGACUUCUCGGCGGCCGACGUGUUCGGCUGCGACGAUUUCCGUAUGUACGAGUUCAAGGUCCGGCGGUGCCCCAGCAGGCGGCCGCACGACUGGACCAAGUGCCCCUACGCUCACUCGGGCGAGAAGGCCCUUCGUCGCGACCCGCGGAGGUUCCAUUACACCGGCACCCCCUGCCCUGACUUUCGCCGAGGCGGAGGUUGUCGCCGCGGCGAGGACUGCGAGUACGCCCAUGGCGUGUUCGAGACCUGGCUCCACCCGUCGCGUUACCGGACGCGACCCUGCAAGGACGGCGCCGCGUGCCCCCGCCGCGUUUGCUUCUUCGCACACUCCCAGGAGGAGCUUCGCAUCGUCCUGCCCACGAGUCCAACAUCGCCUGGCAAGGGUGACGCCGUAACUCUGCUGUCUGCGUCUCCGAAAUCUACUUUGGCGCCUCUCCCCAUGUCGCCACGGUCUGAUGGCUCUUCGCCGCCCCUGUCGCCCAUGGCGAUGGACGAGGUGAUGGGGGCGAUGACCAAGCUGAGGCUGAGCAAUCCGAGAUCUGUGACGCAGUUUGGAACGAGGAGAAGGGCGCCGAGGUUCUCAGCGUCCCCUGCGAGGACUCUUCCCGCGGCAGAAACCCGAGACGUAGCAGAGGAAGCAGUAGGAGCUCCUUGGCGUUUGACGGCGAAGCUUCUUGAGUGCCGGAGGAGGCAGGAGGAGGAGGAAGCAGCGGAGACGGUGCCGGACUUGGGAUGGGUAUCAGAACUGGUAAAGGAUUGA